CAAUAUUCGGCAUGAAGUAAGGACGGUCUCCAUCACAAGUUCCCAUAGUUCAGAGAUAUCAUCUGUGAUUUUUGCUCGUUAUGGACGGAACGGCCGUCACACGAGGAGCAUUGCAAUUCCAAAAGCGAUUGUUAGUUAUUCCACAUAAUAAAAGGGGUAGCUCCAAAUCGAGCGAUCUGAUUGGCUCAUAGCCGGACGUCGAAUCAGAUUGCACAGGUCCAUAGGGUCAUAGGUGAUAGUGGACAUUUUAUGAAAAUCAUAUUACAGACGGAGUUAUGGUCUGAUAAAUAUGAGGACAGCUCAUCUGAUGCAUUACAAUAUCCCCAGGAAAUAAUCUGCUCAUAAGUUUUGCAAAUUCCUACUUUUACUGAAAACCCCUGCAGCAUUGAUGUUGGCGAAAAAUGCCAAGCCCAACUUCAGCCAGUCUCAGGCGUCUGAGAUGGUGCAGAGGGUCUUCAGGCUGACGCCAGCAGAGAUCCGCCCGUUGCCCAGCUACGACGACCAAAACUUCUAUUUGGCAACCGUGGAGGGUGGCGAGUACGUCUUGAAGAUCAUGAACUCAGAGGACAGUAAGAACCACAAGCUGAUCGAGAUGCAGACAUACGCCAUGUCCUUCCUGCACCAGAAUGGACUUCCUGCCCAAACAGCCCUGCCCACUGCUUCAGGACAGCUCAUGAGUCUGGAAGAAAUGGAUUGUGGCUAUGGCUGUCAAAAGUACAUGGUGCGGGUGUUGAAUCAUCUGCCUGGAACUACUGUUUCCAAGGUUCCUCUAACACCACAGUUAUUAUACGAUAUCGGCAAGACAGCAGCCCGAAUGGACAAAAUCCUGAAAGAGAUGGCACACCCUGAACUCAGUGCGCUGCAGAGGGACAAGUUCAUAUGGAGUCUGUCAAAUGUGACCCUCCUGGAAGGAUACCUGAAUGUGCUAGAUGGAGAUCCUCUUCAGCAGGUCAUAAAGUCCGUCAUUCAUCUGUACAAGAGCUCUGUGGUCGCAAAAUACCCCAAUUUCCGCAAAUGCAUUAACCACGGCGAUUUCAAUGACCUCAAUGUGCUUGUGCAACCUGAUGAGAGUGACGGCCACAGGAUCACUGGCAUCCUUGACUUUGGGGACUUGAACAGCGGCUACUACAUUCAUGAGUUAGCCAUCACCAUCAUGUACAUGAUGAUGGAGCACCCUAACCCCAUUGAGGUGGGUGGACUUGUCCUGGCGGGCUGGGAAAGUGUCCUUCCCCUCAACGAGGAGGAGAAAGAAUGUCUCUUUGUGCUGGUGCUGUCGCGCUUCUGCCAGUCUUUGAUUUUGGCUCGUUACUUUGUGACCUUGCACCCUGAAAAUGAAGAGUACCUGAUGAUUUCCUCCAGGAAGGGCGUCGGAAUUCUCCGUCAAGUGUGGGAGCUCGGUAAGGAGCAGGUGGAGAAGGUCUGGUUCCAAAGUGCUGCUCAGUUCAGUGACAGACAGUGAGAGAAGCCAUUCAAAAAUUUUAAACCACAACAGGAUGAUUCCCCCGAACCUUUUGUACAAAUUAAUCAAUUACAAGAUCAAACUUAAAAAUAAAUAAAUAAUUAACAUGUUAGAAUAGAUGAGGAAAAUAGAAUUGAGAUGUUUAAAAUAACCCCCUUGAGAUUGAGACAUACAUUAAAUAGGAAUACUGCAGUGGGUCUGAAUUAGAGAUUAGUAGAUUAAUAACUGUGCUGGAGGGGGUAUGUAUGGUAACAAUGGAUCAUUUACUAUAAAAGCAAAAGUUUCCAUCAAACUAACCAAUAGAGUAACAGUACAAAGCAUUUAGGGAAAAGUACCGUAUAGGGAGUCCAUGGUUGUUGAAUCAGGAUCAACUUGGUUGUAGUUAAGUAGGGCUGCAACACACCAUUAUUUUCAUAAUCGAUUAAUCGAUUAGUUGUUUGGUCCAUAAAUGUCAUAAAAUGGUGAAAAAUGUGGAUCGUGUUUCCCAUUAACCCCGAUAUGAUGUUUUGUUUUUUCCACAAACCAAAG